UAUAAGAGGUGGAAUAGAAUAACCCGGUUGAAGCGUAAUGAUCAUACGUCUGUAAUGCAUUGUAUGUCCCAUAAUAGGUCCCAUUCUUCUACCCUUUCCCGGGAGUCGAUGACUAUUCAUAGCUAUUACCUUGACACCAAAGAAGAGUUCGACCCAAUGCUUUAUUUCUGUCCUAGUUGAUCCUGAUUCGACAUUAGAAGUAUAUUGAUUGUUCCCCAAUAACCGAAUACUUUUUUCUGUAAAUACUGCAUAUUUGAUUACAUCCAUAAAUCCAUUUUCUUCCCUAUGAGUUCCAGUAUCGAUAAGAAUUCUAGUUCUUACUGUUCAUAUGUUAUGGUAUGAAUAUACCAUACCCAUUCGUUAUGUAUGGAUGAUGAGAUUCCAUUGAUACAGAGCUAAUUCCAAUAGACUUAUUGAACGUUCCCAUUGGCGUGCAUCCAGCAGGAAUUGAACCUACGAAUUUGCCAAUUAUGAGUUGGGCGCUUUAACCAUUCAGCCAUGGAUGCUUAACAGGGAUCAUCGUACAUCGUGAAUAACCAAAUUCCAAUUGAAAUGAAAUCUUUAGGAGGAAUCAAUGAAACGACAUCAAUUCAAAUCCUGGAUCUUCGAAUUGAGAGAGAUAUGGAGAGAGAUCAAGAAUUCUCACUAUUUCUUAGAUUCAUGGAUCAAAUUCGAUUCAGUGGGAUUUUUCACUCACAUUUUUUUCCACCAAGAACGUUUUAUGAAACUCUUUGACCCCCGAAUUGGGAGUAUCCUACUUUCACGUGAUUCACAGGGUUCAACAAGCAAUCGAUAUUUCACGAUCAAAGGUGUAGUACUGCUUGUAGUAGCGGUCCUUAUAUCUCGUAUUAACAAUCGAAAGAUGGUCGAAAGAAAAAAUCUCUAUUUGAUGGGGCUUCUUCCUAUACCUAUGAAUUCCAUUGGACCCAGAAAUGAGACAUUGGAAGAAUCUUUUUGGUCUUCCAAUAUCAAUAGGUUGAUUGUUUCGCUCCUGUAUCUUCCAAAAAGGAAAAAGAUUUCUGAGAGUUGUUUCAUGGAUCCGCAAGAGCGUACUUGGGUUCUCCCAAUAAAUAAAAAGUGUAUCAUGCCUGAAUCUAACCGGGGUUCGCGGUGGUGGAGGAACCGGAUCGGAAAAAGGAGGGAUUCUAGUUGUAAGAUAUCUAAUGAAACCGUAGCUGGAAUUGAGAUCUCAUUCAAAGAGAAAGAUAGCAAAUAUCUGGAGUUUCUUUUUUUAUCCUAUACGGAUAAUCCGAUCCACAAGGACCGUGAUUGGGAAUUGUUUGAUCGUCUUUCUCCGAGGAAGAAGCGAAACAUAAUCAACUUGAAUUCGGGACAGCUAUUCGAAAUCUUAGGGAAAGACUUGAUUUGUUAUCUCAUGUCUGCUUUUCGUGAAAAAAGACCAAUUGAAGGGGAGGGUUUCUUCAAACAACAAGGAGCUGAGGCAACUAUUCAAUCAAAUGAUAUUGAGCAUGUUUCCCAUCUCUUCUCGAGAAACAAGUGGGGUAUUUCAUUGCAAAAUUGUGCUCAAUUUCAUAUGUGGCAAUUCCGCCAAGAUCUCUUCGUUAGUUGGGGAAAGAAUCAGCACGAAUCGGAUUUUUUGAGGAACGUAUCGAGAGAGAAUUUGAUUUGGUUAGACAAUGUGUGGUUGGUAAACAAGGAUCGGUUUUUUAGCAAGGUACGGAAUGUAUUGUCAAAUAUUCAAUAUGAUUCCACAAGAUCUAUUUUCGUUCAAGUAACGGAUUCUAGCCAAUGGAAAGGAUUUUCUGAUCAAUCCAGAGAUCAUUUCGAUUCCAUUAGAAAUGUGGAUUCAGAAUAUCACACAUUGAUCGAUCAAACAGAGAUUCAGCAACUAAAAGAAAGAUCGAUUCUUUGGGAUCCUUCCUUUCUUCAAACGGAACGAACAGAGAUAGAAUCAGAUCGAUUCCCGAAAUGCCUUUUUGGAUCUUCCUCAAUGUCCCGGCUAUUCACGGAACGUGAGAAGCAGAUGAAUAAUCAUCUGCUUCCGGAAGAAAUCGAAGAAUUUCUUGGGAAUCCUACAAGAUCAAUUCGUUCUUUAUUCUCUGACAGAUGGUCAGAACUUCAUCUGGGUUCGAAUCCUACUGAGAGGUCCACUAGAGAUCAGAAAUUUUGGAAGAAAAAACAAGAUGUUUCUUUUGUCCUUUCCAGGCGAUCGGAAAAUAAAGAAAUGGUUGAUAUAUUCAAGAUAAUUACGUAUUUACAAAAUACCGUCUCAAUUCAUCCUAUUUCAUCAGAUCCGGGAUGUGAUAUGGUUCCGAAGGAUGAACCAGAUAUGGACAGUUCCAAUAAGAUUUCAUUCUUGAACAAAAAUCCAUUUUCAGAAGAGAGAUUUCAAGAAAUGGCAGAUCUAUUCACUCUAUCAAUAACCGAGCCGGAUCUGGUGUAUCAUAGGGGAUUUGCCUUUUCUAUUGAUUCCUACGGAUUGGAUGAAAAAAAAUUCUUGAAUGAGGUAUUCAACUCCAGAGAUGAAUCGAAAAAGAAAUCUUUAUUGGUUCUACCUCCUCUUUUUUAUGAAGAGAAUGAAUCUUUUUAUCGAAGGAUCAGAAAAAAAUCGGUCCGGAUCUACUGCGGGAAUGAUUUGGAAGAUCCAAAACUAAAAACAGCGGUAUUUGCUAGCAACAACAUAAUGGAGGCAGUCAAUCAAUAUAGAUUGAUCCGAGAUCUGAUUCAAGUCCAAUAUAGAACCUAUGGGUACAUAAGAAAUGUAUCGAAUCGAUUCUUUUUAAUGAAUAGAUCCGAUCGCAACUUCGAAUAUGGAAUUCAAAGGGAUCAAAUAGGAAAUGAUACUCUGAAUCAUAUAACUAUAAUGAAAUAUAUGAUCAACCAACAUUUAUCGAAUCUGAAAAAGAGUAAAUGGUUUGAUUCUCUUAUUUCUCGAACCGAGAGAUCCAUGAAUCGGGAUCCUGAUGCAUAUAGAUACAAAUGGUCCAAUGGGAGCAAGAAUUUCCAGAAACAUUUGGAACAUUUCAUUUCUGAACAGAAGAACCGUUUUCAAGUAGUGUUCGAUCGAUUACGUAUUAAUCAAUAUUCGAUUGAUUGGUCCGAGGCUAUCGACAAACAAGAUUUGUCUAAGUCACUUCGUUUCUUUUUGUCCAAGUCACUUCUCUUUUUGUCCAAGUCACUUCCCUUUUUGUCCAAGUCACUUCCCUUUUUCUUUGUGAGUAUCGGGGAUAUCCCCAUUCAUAGGUCCGAGAUCCACAUCUAUGAAUUGAAAGGUCCGAAUGAUCAACUCUGCAAUCAGUUGUUAGAAUCAAUAGGUGUUCAAAUCGUUCAUUUGAAUAAAUUAAAACCCUUCUUAUUGGAUGAUCAUGAUACUUCCCAAAGACCUAAAUUCUUGAUCAAUGGAGGAACAAUAUUACCAUUUUUGUUCAAAAAGAUACAAAAGUGGAUGAUUGACUCAUUCCAUACUAGAAAGAAUCGCAGGAAAUCGGCCGCCUGUUCUCAAUGA